CGUCGCUUGCACCACGAACACCACGUUUCAGUUAUGUUUUAACGGUGUACCACAGGGAACGACGUGGUCUUGUCCCAACGAGGGUGAGGUGUGCACCUCGCUAGGCUCAAUUUGUGCAGAUGCCGAAAGCAAUUCUCUGAUUCAGGCUGCUUGCGGCAAUACCGAACAAUGCGGAAAUUGUGAAGCUGUCAACGAUGGCGCCUACUCUUGCACCAGUCACACCACAUUCACCAUGUGUUCAGCGGGCGAAGCAACUACUGUACAAGGCAACUGCCCCAGCGGUGAAGUUUGUCUCACAUCCAGAGCCAAUGAGGGUGUUAGUCCCUGCGUCAAUCAGUGUUUGCAGGACAUACACGACAUGUGUGACUUGAGCUCGGAUUCCACAACGACAACGAGCUCUGAAACAGUGACGUCGUCGUCAACUGCCAUCACUGAUUCCACAACAACAACGAGCUCUGUUACAGAGACGUCGUCGUCAACGGCCAGCACUGAUUCCACAACGACAACGAGCUCUGUUACAGAGACGUCGUCGUCAACGGCCAGCACUGAUUCCACAACAACAACGAGCUCUGUUACAGAGACGUCGUCAUCAACUGCCAGCACUGCGACGUCUUCCACCGUCGAGAAUACAGAGUGCGCGACUAAGAGCUUGGUAGGGCGUUACCCUUAUCCAAAUGAUACAGUGUGUACUAGUUACAUUUACUGCUACUACAGUGCCGCAGCGGGAAGUUUACUCGGUCAAGCAAUGACUUGUCCCACUGGCAAAUACUUCAACUCGGCUAUAAGAAACUGUCAAGCUGCAAAGCCUACUGACUGUGUUUAAAUUUAAGAGCCUUCGGAUGGCAAAUUAAUUUUUAGUGGAAAAGUGUGGUUAGCUUAAGAUAAUAAUUAUAAAAGUAAAUAAAUAUCCUCAGCCCAGUGGACCGAGA